AUGUUUGUGCUGCAAACCGAAUUAGGUCUAACGGGCCGAAUUUUAGCAUUUUUUGAGAUUUUGCUCAGAUCUAGCGAAUCAUCUUUCAAAAUCGUUUUUACAAACGUCUUCUCAUGGCUCUUAUCACUCUGCAAAGGUGAUACGGCCAGUUCUGCUGCUAACAAAUCUGAAAUUGUUAACAGCAGUUUGAGGUUACUGUGUCACUGGAUUGAUAUAGCUGAUGAUUUUAAGCAGACUACACUCUUGCAGAAGUGCCAUAUUUCACUGAUUGAAAUGCUUGAUAAAUAUGAUCGAGAGGUUGCUCAGCUUACACGCUACAAAUUGCUGGAGGUUUGCAAUAACUUGCGUGUAUGCACAAAUGGAUUAUUAGAGAAAUGCAAAGUUUUCUUGCGGAAAAGCUUCGAUUUUGUUUGCAAUAAGAAUAAAGAAUUGAGGAACAACUGUCUGAUGUUUGUUCAUGCCUUCGCCGUAGCUAACUGGACUAUCGUAAAAGACUUGUUUGUAGACGAAAUCGAUAAGAAGAAAGAAAUAUUUCAUCUAACGCCACUGCUUUGGUCUAUUAUUCAUGACAUAGAUAGUCUGAAUUUUGCUUUGUCGUAUCUUGGAGCAUUAUUUCCAUCAACAUCAGGAAGUAUCGCAUUACAACAAUCAUUGUUGAAGCAGACUUUGGACUGCUUCUUUGUAAGACUUGAACUCAAUGUGGAAUCAGCGAAGGAUUUAGAAGUGCAGUCGAAAUUAUUGCAGCGAAUUGGACUAAUGAUUGAUGAUCGGACUCAUCUCGAAGGCCUUCACCUGAUCCGGCAAAAGCUGGAAAACUGUUCGAGUUUAUUACCAGGAUUAUAUCUUUACAUUAUCCAAUCACCGUACAGCGAUGAACUUCUGAAGGUGUUGGCACACUUGGCCUCUGUAGAUCAUAAUCUGGUCUGGUGUAAAUCAUUAGUGAUGGCUGCAAUAGUUAACAAAUCACCAAAUUAUAUAGAAACGCUCAAUCACAUGGAAGAAAUACGAGAAAGUUUGGAAUUUCUGGACAGUUUCAAAUGUAAGGCUCGAUUGUGUGCUGCGCUUCUUCUAAUUGAUCGUCCUGAAGGAUCUGCUUACUUUACCGCACUUCUUCAUGAUCUUGUUGAGCACAUCGAUUCUGAAAAUAUCACUGUAUUAACAAACACGUUGGUGGAUAUGCUAACCUUCAAUACUUGUUAUUCCGAUCCGGUAAAAUGCAAAUAUCAAACAACGUUCCUAUGGCAGCAAAGAAUAUUUUGUCAGUUGGUUCCUAUCUAUGUCCAGUAUUUCAAUGAUUUAAGCAAAGAAUCCCAAAACAAACAGAUUGUUUUGUUUCCUUUAUUAUCACCGCUCUUUGCGCUUGCCGCAUCAUCAACAGCCGUCAUGAAUGAUAAAUAUGUGGAGUUGUUGCCCAUACUUUGUGCUGCUUUGGAUACAUUAGAAUUGGAUUUAUGUUCGGAAGGACAGAUAUUUUCCGGUUUGGCAGCACUGCUGAAGAAUGCAACAGCUGAACAGCUGGGCCAUAGUUUCUUGCUAAAAGUGUUGCCACGGCUGCAACACUCUCUUGACAAUAGCGAAGAUAUGAUGGUCCACUUAGCAGUGCUGGAAUGUUUACAGUUGAUAACGGAGCGAUGGUCCUCUACAGCAUUACUUCCCUUCUACGACCCUAUUGUUCGUAGUUUAAUUAAAAUUUCUGGAUCUCAGAAGCGGAUUGUUCGAACAGCAGUUGCAAAUGUCAGGAAUUUAUGGUAA